AUAUAUUUUCCAAUGUUUCUCUGGGUUUUAGGAGUAUUAGUGCAAAUUUUCUCAAAUAGCAAUGAGAAUUACCUACAGUGCAAAGUCAGUGCCUGCAAAGGAGUGAAAAGUUAUCUGCAACUUAACCUAGAAGAAAGAUGAAAAGAUAGACCAGAAAAUAAGUAAAUAACAACUUGCUUUAGGCACAUUUUAAGGACCCACCAAACCAUUUUCCAGGAUAAGCCAUCCAUGAUGAAAAGACGAGGACCACCUGUGCAAAAGUCCAUGAUGGACUUUUUCUCAAAGAAAAGUAAAAACAGAAACAGCCUGGAUCCACAGCCAUCUGUCCCAGCCUGUGAUCCUCCGAGCACCCCUUCUCCUACUCCUGGACCAGAGAUGCCCACAGCAACAGCAGGAGCCUAUGCAGAGGAGGAUCGCCCCUUGGCCCUGGAGUCUCCUGUGACGGGUCCUGGCCCUGGAACCUCAUCCUUCACGCCAUCUGAAAAUCAGUCAGCAGGCUCUCCAGACCAGAGUGGUGGCGAUUCAGAGGACAUUGUUGGAAUCCCAGAUGAUAGGCCUGUUCUGCCUCCGAAUGACUUCGGUUUUUUUAUCGCAAAGAAAACCAGCGAUGAAGAAAAGCUAGAAGGACUGACCAAACGAUGGUGUCCCUCCGAGAAAAGUCAGUUCCCUGUUUCGUAUCACACAAAGAAUGGGGUGUCCCGGCCGAGGUAUCUUCUCCGGCAUCACUUGGAUACAUACAAGUGGCUGGCUGUAUCCAGAAAGGGGAACUUAUCUGGUGCAUGGUGUAGUGUUUGUGUGCUUUUUGGCGAAACUCUUGAUGAAGGCGAAGGUGCACGUGGAGGUAAAGGCAGGUCGAAAGGCAAGCUGGUGAGCCGCCCCCUUGUCGACUUUUCUGACUUGACCGGCAAGAAUGGUGCUCUGGAUUCGCAUGCCCAGUCAGCAUCCCACCAGGCCAAUGCUGCAAAGGCUGCCAGCUUUACGAUCGCAAUGAAGGAUCCAAAGAAAAGCAUCGAUGCAGUGAUGGACACAGCGAGCGAGCGCGAGGUCAGGCGUAACAGGGCAGUACUGACGUCAAUCAUCGAAACGCUCAAGUUUGCUGUGACGCAAAACAUAUCACUGCGAGGCCACCGUGACGAUGGGCGAAUUGAUGGGAGUGGUACUCAGCCAGCCGAAAACGAUGGAAACUUUAAAGGGCUGCUCCGAUUUAGGCUUCAGAGUGGCGACGAAGUACUGAAAAGGCACCUGCAAGAUGGUUCUGGUAACGCGCUUUAA